GUCUGGAGGAGGUAACAUCCGGAGAAACGGGGCAAGUUGCAACAAAAAUAUCAACAAUAAUCAGAUUUGAUCGAUUUGAAUGUUCUGGAUUAAAUUCACCGGAAACGCGGAUCCAGCGGCGCUGCAGCGGGCUGGAGAUGAAGCUCCGUGAGGAGAGGAAGGUGCAGUGAAGCUGCUGCGUUUCACAGAGGAAGAAGGAGAAGAAGAAGAAGAGGAUCUCAGAGACCCCAAACAGAAUCAGAGCUGAACUGAGAACUCUAACACCUCCAACACCUGGAAACACGGCUAUGAUGGCGAAUCCGCUCAGUGUACAGAUGCCCAGUAAGUCGUGGGAACUGAGUCUGUAUGAGCUGCACCGAACUCCACAGGAGGCGAUUGUGGACAGCACAGAGAUUGCCGUGUCUCCCAGGAGCCUCCACAGUGAGCUGAUGUGUCCCAUCUGCCUGGACAUGCUGAAGAACACUAUGACCACCAAAGAGUGCCUCCACCGCUUCUGCUCUGAGUGCAUCAUCACUGCGCUCAGAUCAGGUAAUAAAGAGUGCCCCACCUGUAGGAAGAAGCUGGUCUCUAAGCGCUCUCUGCGGAGAGACCCAAACUUCGACGCUCUGAUUUCCAAGAUUUAUCCGAGUCGGGACGAGUACGAGGCUCAUCAGGACCGCGUUCUGGAGCAGCUGAGCCGACUGCACAACAAAACCGCGCUGAGCUCCAGCAUCGAGGAGGGGCUCCGCAUGCAGGCCUUACACAAGCCUCAGCGUGUGCGGAAACCUCAGCAGGAGAGCGAUAACACCACCUUCAGCGGCGGAGAGGACAACGCUGACUCUCGCUCGCACGUCUCACAUGACUCCGCCCCUUCUCACAUGAACUCCGCCCCCUCCAGCCACGCCCCAGAGGCCGGGCCCAGUCGCAGUAAGAGGCAGCGAGGGUCCGACGACUCGGAGGCUGAAGGGGAGAGCCGUAGACCCCCAGGCCAGAGCCCCACCUCCGAGAUAGAGCUAGUGUUCCACCCACACCCCUUACUGGCCAACACGCAGCACUACAGCCAGACCAGGUAUGUGAAGACCACAGCCAACGCUACAGUGGACCAUCUGUCCAAGUACCUGGCUCUGCGAAUCGCUCUGGAGGAGCAGCAGAGGGACACGCACUCGAAUACACAGCGGCCUGCAGAGGGAGAAACAGGAACGAGGGAGGAGGGAGGAGGGAGCAGCCUGCAGAACGUCAGUGAGAAACAGUACACCAUCUACAUCACUACAGCCGGAGGACAGUUCUCCACGUUGAACGGCUCUCUGACGCUGGAGCUGGUGAAUGAGAAGUACUGGAAGGUGAGCAAACCUCUGGAGCUUUACUACGCUCCCACCAAAGAACAGCAGCAGCAGCCACAGAAAACACCGCCGACCGGACCCUCACAGCCAUGAAGGACGAUAAAACUCCAAUCACUGCAGAUUCAGUUCACUUCUUGUGUGACUGUGUUGGGCCUGUAGGCUCUAAACCACACCUGUGUCAGACUCCAGUCCUCGCAGGCCAAAGCUCUGCAGACUUCAUCACACUGUCUCAUUAAACACACCUGAUUCAGAGCGUUAGAUGAGGGUAAACGCUGAUCUCCACAGCACUCUGGCCCAGAAGGUCCCCGGUUUGACAUGCCAGGUCUAAAGGAAGGUCGGAGGUUAUUCCACAAGGCAGGGUUUUAUACGCACACUAAUAACUCCAGUGUAUGUACUCCUGUUUUUUUAUAAAAUCUAAUAACGUUUUACAGCUUUUUAAAGAUUCACAUAGUAGAAAACAGUCAUUUAAAGGAGUUUUACAGAUGUAGAGAAAAUAUAUGCUGAAAGUUUUUUAACAGAUCAUGGGUUUGUUCAUCUGUGAGCACAAAAUCAGAGGAAAACAAUUGGGCACAAUUUGGUUAGUCAGAUCAUUUAAACCCAAAACUCAGGCCUGUCCAAUAAGAGCCGAUCUAAUAGUGUUUUUUAUUUGAUAAUCCUCACUUUGAAACCCUGCUCUGUGAAACACCUCCCAGAUGCGUAAAUAACACACACGAGAAUUUUAUAUACAGCGUACGAGAACCUCUGCAGCCACUUCAGAUUUCAGAUGAAAUUUAUUGAUAUCCUGUUUAUAAAUCACACCUCAUGAGAGAUUGCUUGGACACAGAACUUUGCAUCACUCUUUACUUCUUAUUAGAUGCACCAGAAAAUCACAAAACGAAUAUGAUUCAUAUGUGGAGUCAUAACAUAUUGUCACCAAAAUGAUGGUGUUAUUAUUAAAAUAGAUUAAAAAUGUUUAUAAAACACUAAAAAACACAAAUCCUUUCAUCACAGGUGUUAUAUUAAUAGGAACUUUACUGAUAACAAGUCAACUUUAAAAAGUCAACACUCUGUCAUUAUUUGCACUGAUGAGCAACUUAGAAAACCCAUGUUUUGUAACCCACCCUGUGUUGUUCUUGUGCUGGUUGAUCUAUUAAGUCCCAUCAUCACUUUUUAAAGACGGUAGUCCUACAUGGUUUCCAUAAUCCUUAAAAUCUGAAAUGAUUCGGUUCUCACUGGGUUUUAUACCACUGUUCACCAUUAAAACCAGCGAACGUCCCAUCCUUACUAUGAGUAGGUUAGUUCUCCUCACCUUCGUAGGUCAAACUGGUCGUCCGACUGUAAACACCUGCUGUUUGUGCCCCUCUGUUCACUCCUGCCUUGUUUAAUACGGCACUUCUGUCCUGUUGCUAUUGUACAAAUUUUGUAGCAUUUAGUACAGAUUCUUAAUGACCACAUAUUUAUAUAUGAUAUUGCUUUGGCAGUUUAUGCAGACGAUUGAUUCAGAUUUAUAUAUGUAUAUGCAAAAAAUAAGGUUUAAGAUGAAUUAUGAAUUGAGUUUUCUUUGUUUUGAAUUAAAAGAUCUACCACAAGAA